UUUUGUCCGGCACGGCAGCAGUGAGUUGAGUCAGUCCAUGAAGGGAAAGCAGUGCCGACACGUCUCACACAGYGGCACCGACCGGGGACCGGGACUGGGACUGCUGGCGAACCAAACCGAGUCGGUAAUGCGGUGGCAGCCUCCGGACGUCUGCACCGACCGAACCUGAGCACCGUGAAGGGAAAAGGAGCGACUGAAAGGAGCUGUCAUUUUUUUUCUUUUCUUUUCCUCCAACUCACCGGGGUUCCGCCGGUGCUUUUCGUGGCAGGUUUUUUUUUUCUCGACACAACACCGGGCUGUGCUGGCUGGGAGCGUUAGCUAACUGUCGCUAGCUCCUCGGCUAACCCUCUUCUGACACGGGAGGAAAGUGCGCCUGAGCCCGGCUGUCAGCUCCCAGCCUUCAGAGAGAAACUUCAAAAUGUUUUCUUUAUCCCCGAGUGACUUUUCUCACCCGRCAGAGGAUUUAACCCAGUAAACCGCUUCACAACCCGAGCUAACACAAGUUUUUGACGUGGAGGAGGAACUUAUUUUUUCUUUUCCCCUUUUUUUGAAACUUCGCAACUUUAUUGCUCCGUUUCUUCGCCCAGUUCGAGGCUGGAUUUGUCUUUUUUUUCCUUUACCCCCUAAAAACAAACAAACAAAACAAAGCAUUCAGGCUACAAACCAAGCUAAUUAGCUAUGUUUAUUUGUGGCCAGAAAGUAUUUUCGAGUGUGUCCAGUUUCUACAGUGGGACUCUUUCCUGGUUCGAGUGCUGCAGCGGAAACAUUAGCUAACACUUAGCUGYCAAUGCAACACUGUCACCGUGCUUUAUUUACUCGAUAAAUACACGGAAGAAACUUUUGCCAAACAACUAAAAGCAGGAGAGGUGCAGCUGAUUGUGAAAGCUUCAACUCCAGCGUUAUUUCCCUGCGGACUGUCGGGAGGAAACAACCCGUCUGCGGGCUUUAAAUCCCGCAUUGAUCGCAUCGUUGCUUCUGUUUUUUUUAUUUUAACCCCCCACAUUUCUGUAGGGGGUCUGAUUGAUUAAUUAAAGUAAUAGGAACCAUGUCGGGCCAAUCUAUCACGGAUCGGAUCACCGCGGCUCAGCACAGCAUGACUGGCUCUGCCAUCAGCAAGGCUGUGUGCAAAGCCACAACACAUGAAGUCAGCGGACCCAAGAAGAAGCACCUGGACUAUCUGAUCCACUGCACCAAUGAGAUGAACGUGAACAUUCCCCAGCUGGCAGACACGCUUUUUGAGCGCACUGCCAACUCGAGCUGGGUGGUGGUCUUCAAAGCCCUCAUCACCACUCACCACCUUAUGAUGUACGGCAACGAGCGUUUUAUCCAGUACYUGGCCUCCAGAAACACACUGUUUAACCUGAACAACUUCUUGGAUAAGGGAGCCCUGCAAGGUUACGACAUGUCCACUUUCAUCAGACGAUACAGUCGCUACCUGAAUGAGAAGGCCAUGUCCUACAGACUGGUGGCGGUGGAUUUCACCAAGAUGAAGCGAGGUGUUGACGGUGUGAUGCGUACCAUGAACACAGAGAAGUUGAUCAAGACGCUGCCCAUCAUCCAGAACCAGCUGGACGCUCUGCUGGAUUUUCAGGCCAAUCCCAAUGAGCUAACCAACGGAGUGAUCAACUCAGCCUUCAUGCUGCUCUUCAAAGACUCUAUAAGGCUCUUUGCUGCUUACAAUGAAGGAGUCAUCAACCUGUUGGAAAAGUACUUUGACAUGAAGAAAAACCAGUGUAAAGAUGCGUUGGACAUCUACAAGAAGUUUCUUUACAGGAUGACCAAGCUGUCGGAGUUCCUCAAAGUGGCUGAGCAAGUUGGAAUAGAUCAGGGUGACAUCCCAGAUCUCUCACAGGCCCCCAGCAGCCUCCUGGAGGCUUUGGAGCAGCACCUGGCCUCUCUGGAGGGCAAGAAGACAAAAGAGUUGAAUGCAGAUACCAGAGCGUCUACCUUAUCGAACGCCGUCUCAACUCUGUCCUCCACCGGCAUGUCGUUCAGCCGCAUGGAUGAGAAGGAGAAGCAGCAAGCGCUGGAGGAGGAGCAGGCCAGGCUGCAGGCUCUUAAGGAUCAGCGCUUGAAGGAGAUCGGCAUGCAGACUCCCCCCUCUGCCUCCCCCAGCAGCCUGUCGAUAGGCAGCGCCAACAACAACAACCACAUCACACAAACCCCGGAGUUGUUCAGCUCCGCACUGACUGCUAACAGCGUGCCGAACCUGAACAGCGACCUGUUUGAUCUCCAGCCGGCCUUCAUCCCCGCUGUGCAGAGCAAUUCUUCAAUCUCCAAUGCCAACAGUGCCUGGGGAGGACUGGAGAACCAGCCGCUGCAGAGCGCCGCCCCGGCCAUGACUGUAGAUUUUGAUGCUGUGUUUGGGAAUAAAGAUACAUCCAGUAACAACGGCCCACAACCUGCAGCUGGUAAAGCCCUCUCUGCCUGUCUCUGUCUGUUCAGACGGAGUUGGACUGAAAACCCUUUUUUUUUUUUUUUUUGGCUUCAAUGGCGGCACGAGUUUCGGCAUUUUAACUAACCUUCUGAUUAGUUUCACCAACCUGUGGUUCUUCUGCUCGGUGGGCUUUUCUAACUUCAUCGCAAAGUUUUCUCACAACGGCAGGUC